CUGAGACUGCCGGCCGUCCGUUUGACGACUCUGCUGCGAGGCGCUGCAAUUAACUAUUUGUUUCCCAUCUUACAAACUAAAGAAGAUAGUGGAUAAAACACUCUUCGCCAAGUGUUGUUAGCCAUGAUGAGUGGUUCCAAACUCAAGGCGGUGUCCUCUGGACGGCUGACGGGGACGACAAGAAGAGGGAAGAAAGACGCGAUGGUUCAGAGGUUUACAAGACCAAUCACAGUGCCGGCCUACUCCCUCUACUCCACAGACUCUGAGGACCAGGUGAGCACCAUCCACCGGGGUCUGGACCACUGUGCCUCCCUGCUGGACCGCCUCCUCCAGGCGGACUCGGCCGAAAGUAAACCAAGUCAGAAUGGCGUGGUGGACACCAGAGGUCAAAGGCCACUUGGAAGGCGACGCAACCUGGAGAGGAGGAAAACCGGGAGAACCAAGACAGCUCCACCGGCCGUCCCCUCCCCGGCCGUGACCCCCCCCAGCGAUGCGCCGGGUGCCGCCCCAGACGCCCCGCGCUCAGUCGGUCCCGCAGAGGGAGCCAAUCAGCUGUCCGGUCAGCCGACCAAUAGGACGACCGCACGGUUCAACGCACGCCUGCCCACCUCCACGCCAUCCCGGAGCCCUAAGGGGGACCCCAAUGGAGACCCCCAGUCCGUGGCCCCCCCAGGCGGCCCCUCGGCCUGUCUUACAGCCGGGGCUAACGGCGGCACGCUAGCAUCGUCUCCCCCUCUCCCAGGGGCCCUGGCCCUGUCUCACCCUCUCCCUCUCCCAGGGGCCCUGGCCCUGUCUCACCCUCUCCCUCUCCCACAGGCCCUGGCCCUGUCUCACCCUCUCCCUCUCCCAGGGGCCCUGUCUCACCCUCUCCCAGGGGCCCUGGCCCUGUCUCACCCUCUCCCAGGGGCCCUGGACCUGUCUCACCCUCUCCCAGGGGCCCUGGCCCUGUCUCACCCUCUCCCUCUCCCAGGGGCCCUGGCCCUGUCUCACCCUCUCCCUCUCCCAGGGGCCCUGGCCCUGUCUCACCCUCUCCCUCUCCCAGGGGCCCUGGCCCUGUCUCACCCUCUCCCAGGGGCCCUGGCCCUGUCUCACCCUCUCCCACAGCCCGGGCCCCCGUCUCACCCUCUUACACGGGCCCCCUCCGCCACCCCCCUGGCCCUGCCUCUCUCCCUGGUUGCCCCGUCUCCACAUCCCCGUCCCACCAGCCCGAUGGGACGGCCCGUCGCCCCCCCUCCCUCUGACCCGCCAGGGAGGCCCCUCCCCCUACAGAACCCGCCUCCUACCUCUGGACCAAUAGGAGGAGGAGGAGGAGGAGGAGGAGCGGUCACUGGCCGAGCGACGGAGGACGAGGGGGAACGGGAGGAGUGCACGGCAGGGGCGUGGACGGCGAAGGAGUGCACGGUGGAGAGAUUGCAACAUACGCUGGAGGAGCUCUGGACCGCGCUAGCGGGAAAAGGUUACACGGCGGCAGAGCGGCUGCUGACUGAGUUUGAGCGGGCGUUGGCAGAUGGCCCUCAGGGGACCCCGGGCCCUCUGGGGCCCCAGACCAGCCUGGCCCCGCAGGCGCUACGCAGCCAGAACGCCCAGCCGCACUGGGGUAUGAGGAUCUUCAACCAGCAGUUGCAGGAGAGAGAGAGGGCCGAGAGACUUUGCAGAGAAAGCCACUGUGACGCAAUGCGCCUGGAGGCGGAGCUUAGCGCCGUCCAAUCACAGCUGGGGAGGCUGCAGGCGGAGGUGUCGGAGCUGCGGAUGGCCUUGCAUGAGAAGGACGCCGAGAACGCCCGCAUCAGAGCAGGCUCUGUGGCCCGGUGUCCUGGGACGUCUGGCCAGGUGCUCCUGUUGGCCCAGACGAGGCUGAAGGAGAUGGCGUCUCGGCCCGGUCUCUGCAGUGUGCUCCAGGGGCCCCCUCUGACCCGCCGGGCCCUGGACCAACACCAGCGUGGGCAUGACCACUCGGGGGCCUCGUCCAACCAGGUCCACCAGUACCUCAGCUCCCUGGGCGCCGGCCAAUCAGGGGCUGGUAUUUUGGAGCCCUGCCCGGAUGUUUGGGAGGAUGACCGCUGCAUCAGCUUGUCUGUGAUGCGAGGAGCCAGUGAGUCAGUGGUGGGUGGAGCCAGUGAGUCAGUGGUGGGUGGAGCCAGUGAGUAUGUGGGGGGAGGAGCCAGUGAGUCAGUGAUGGGAGGAGCCAGUGAGUCUGUGGGGGGAGUAGCCAGUGAGUCAGUGAUGGGAGGAGCCAGUGAGUCAGUGAUGAGAGGAGCCAGUGAGUCAGUGGUGGGUGGAGCCAGUGAGUCAGUGGUGGGAGGAGCCAGUGAGUCAGUGGUGGUAGGAGCCAGUGAGUCAGUUGUGGGAGGACCCAGUGAGUCAGUUGUGGGAGGAGCCAGUGAGUCAGUUGUGGGAGGAGCCAGUGAGUCAGUGGGGGGAAGAGCCAGUGAGUCUAUGGGGGGAGGAGCCAGUGAGUCUGUGGUGGGACGAGCCAGUGUGUCAGUGGGGGGAGGGGCCAGUGUGUCAGUGGGAGGAGGGGCCAGUGAGUUUGUUGGGGGAGGGGCCAGUGAGUCGAUAAGGGGAGGCGCCAGUGAGUCCAUGAGGGGAGGGGCUUGGCUGGUUCCAGAGAGGGUGACCUUUGCACCGCCAGAAGAAGUAGCGACCUCAUCGCUGGGGGGCGGCGGCCAGAGCUACCAGAAAGUUCUCCGGCUCUUGCGGAGCUCCAACGCGCUCGCCCCCCUGCCGGGCCUGGGCCAGUCACACGGCUCCCCCCACUGGGAGGUGGCGUCCCAUUGGUCGGUCGGGUCAGGCUCCACCUUCGACACGAGGGACGAGGUGGCCUUCUGCCACGGGAUGGCGGUUCUGGACGCCAGCAUUGCCAGCCUGCAGCGCAGCCUCAGGAAGGACCUGGUCACAUGACCCGGUCACAUGACCAUCAGGAAGGACCUGGUCACAUGACCCGGUUACAUGACCCUCAGGAAGGACCUGGACACAUGACCUGGGCACUUGCCACUUGACCCUCAAGAAGGAGCUGGUCACAUGACGUGGUCACAUGACCUGGUCACGUGACCCUCAAGAAGGACCUGGUCGCUUGAACUGGUCACAUGACCUGGUCAGUUAACUCGGUCACGUGACGUGGUCACGCGACCUGGUCACUUGACGUGUGUGUGGUGAUAUUUAUAUUAUAUCUUAAUUUUAUUUUUACAAAUGACUUGUUUAUGAACUGUGGCUUACAUAAAUUCACGAAAUAAAAACUUUUUGAAAGAAUCUACAAAUAAUAUUUUUUUCAAUUAUCAUUUACCCCUCUGAGAUUGGUUGCUUUUCUUGCCAGAGAUCGCGUUGAUGGCCGCUACUGUCGUCGGUGGAGGAUGAUCAGUUAUUCUCACCAGAGUAUAUUUAAAAUGUAUGGAUUCCUGUUUACCAAACAUUCAUGCAUGGUGACAGUGUUUUUCUUCCAUUUUAUUUAUUAGUAGUGUAAACCGAAUUUUGAAGAAA